AUGCAACGAAAACAACCAGCAAACGACGAUCAAGGCCCAACAAACGACCACGACCCCCUAGCAACAACGACAACCCCAAUCAACGAAACCACGACCGGCAAACAACGACCAGCGCCCAGAACGAUUGACGACCAGCGCCCAGGACGCCCACGAAAAUCGACGAGCGGUGCACACCACGGCCCCCAAACCACGAACGACCCCACGAGCCAGCUGGGCCACGUCGCAGUCGGCGACGUGGCAACUACGCGACACAGACGGACGACGACGAUGUCGUCGUCAGUAUAUAUUGGGUACGCUGUCGACCGCCCACUGGCGAUUGACGGACAGCACCCCCCACAUCACCAUGCCACCCCUCCCCAAAGGAAGGGGCAUGCCGCCCGCAGGACAGACCCCAAUCAACGGCGUCGAAAGACGUAUGACGACGACGUCGACAAGGGCGUACAAACGACGGACGACCACGAGAGCGAACAGACGACGGACGACGACGAGGGCGUACGAACCACGGACGACGACGACGACGAGGGCGUACAAACGACUGACGACAACGACAACGAGGGACUACAAACGACGCACGGCGACGACGAAGACGCGAUGAGCGCCCACCACCCACACACGGCGACGAGGCUCAAUACCCCACCCCCACCUUCACCCCCCGUCUCACUCACUGCCCACCAACCCCCUCCCCUCCAUCACUAA